AAUGUCGAGUUGUCUGUGUUUCGAUAGAAAAAAUCAAGUUUUACCAUUUACUGAAGAAAACGACGAUUCUCCAUUGGAGUUAGUUCGUGACGGUAGGAACUUGUGUGUUCGUCAUUUUAACAAAAGAGAAAGAAGCGAGAAGCUAUGCAAAGAAGUUUCGCUAUUGAGGAACGGAUUAAUAAAACAAAAUUUGAAAUCAUCACUUGAAGGAUUAAGACUAUCAGGAUCUGUUCGGUCUAAAGAGGAUACAAUUCUUUUUUUCAUUCACGGCGUUGGCGGCUCUUCUUACGUUUGGAAAAGCCAAUUAGACUUUUUUUCACGAAUUGGAUACGAGGUCAUUGCUCUCGAUCUGAUUGGUCAUGGUUUUAGCGAUACACCCAGAAAACGAGAAGCCUAUACAUUUCAUGAAAUAUCACUCGAUGUCCUUACACUCUUCGAUUUGAAAUGUCGAAAAAAGAAUGUUAUUAUAGGCCAUUCGUACGGGUGUUGUUUCGCCGCUGUCCUAGCUCGACAACGUCCACGAUUAGUAUCUCGUCUAGUUAUGAUUUCUGGGGGUGGACCCACGCCAUUAGCACCUCAAACAGGAGUAUUUUCUCUUCCUUUAUCGAUUUUAAUCUGUAUUCGACCAAUAUUAACAAGGGUCUUUAAUAAGUUUGCAUUUAACGAACGAAAACUAAAGAAUCGUCGAUUGGCCUUUGACGUUUCCACUUUUGUUCUAAAAAAUACAAUGCGAGGUCAAAUGUGGUUAGAAGGUAAUGCAACUUAUCAUAGUUGGAUAAGGUGUCCUACACUCUUAAUUCAUGGUGCUGCUGAUAAAUUAGUUCGAUUAGAUGAAGAAUACGAAAUGCAGAGAACGAUUGAAGAGUCCCAUUUGGAUAUUUUACCUCAAGCAGGUCAUAUGGUAAUGAUGGAAAAGCCAGCUGAGUUUCAAUUAAUAUCGGGCGAAGACAAGCUUACUCUCAAAGUAGCUAUGGCUCUUAAAACGAAAAAUGAGUUUGGAAUUGCGGAUUAUAUUGUUUUUUCUUUGGUUUUAAUAAUUUCAGCUUCCAUUGGAAUAUUUUAUGGAUGUUUCGGAUCAAAGCAACAGACCACACAAGAAUUUUUAAUGGCUAAUCGGAGAAUGUCUAUAAUUCCAGUUUCGAUGUCUUUACUAGCUUCCUUUAUGUCAGCUAUUACAUUAUUAGGAACGCCCGCCGAAAUUUAUGUAUUUGGAACAGAAUAUUGGCUAAUAUGGAUUGGGUACUUUAUAAUGAUACCCUUAGCUGCUCACGUAUUCGUUCCAAUAUUCUAUAAGCUUAAACUAACAAGCGUAUUCGAGUACUUGGAAAUGAGAUUCUGUAAAGGAGUGAGAAUAUUUGCAGCAGUAGUUUUCAUUAUACAAAUGAUUAUGUACUUGGCAAUUGUUCUUUAUGCCCCAUCGUUAGCAUUAAACGCCGUAACUGGUAUUAACGUUUGGAUAUCCGUUUUGAGCGUUGGUUGUGUUUGUACGUUCUAUACGUCAAUAGGGGGAAUGAAGGCAGUCAUGUGGACCGAUACAUUUCAAGUGUGUAUGAUGAUGGCUGGUUUGUUUGCAGUUUUAAUUCAAGGUUCAAUAGAUUUUGAUGGUUUUUCCAACAUAUGGAACAUUAAUAAGAGAGGAGAUCGAGUUGAAUUUUUCAAUUUUGAUCCAGAUCCUUUAAAACGGCAUACAGUUUGGAGUCUAAUUUUUGGUGGUGCAUUUACUUGGUUAGCAAUAUAUGGUGUGAAUCAAGCACAAGUCCAAAGGGCUUUAACAACUCGUACUCUUCGGGAAUCUCAAUUCGCACUAUGGAUCAAUUUUCCGGGACUAACAUUAAUUUUGACAAUUACUGGACUUUGUGGAAUGGUUAUUUACGCUCAAUAUGAAAAUUGCGAUCCUAUUGAAUUUCAUGAUAUUCCUCGUGAUCAACUUUUGCCUCUCUACGUUAUGGAUAAUUUAGCUCAUAUUAAAGGUUUAGCUGGUUUAUUCACAGCAUGCCUGUUUAGUGGAGCACUUAGUACAAUUUCAUCUGGCUUGAAUUCUCUGUCUGCUGUAACUCUUCGAGAUCUUUUUCAAUUGAUUUGGUUUAAAAAUUUGACAGAAAAGAGAGCUACUUUUCUCACAAAGUUAUUAGCUCUAGGAUAUGGGAUUAUUAUGAUUGCGUUAACAUUUGUCGCUUCUCAAUUGGGUGGUGUUCUUCAGGCUGCACUAGCUUUGUUUGGAAUGAUUGGAGGACCUGUACUUGGUCUAUUCAUAUUAGGUAUAAUAUAUCCUUGGUCUAACAAGUGGGGAGCAUAUGUAGGAUUAGUGGUUGGUUUGAUUGCGACAAUGUGGCUAGGCGUUGGAGCAAAUGUUUAUAAACCUAUUAUUGAAACUAAGCCUGUAUCUUUAUCUGACUGUGAAAUAGCUAAUAAAUCAUCAAUAAGUACAACACAGAGUGUUAUAACUCAAAGUAUGACUACACCAAAAGAGUACGAAGGAUUAAGUUUCUAUGAAAUUUCUUAUUUAUGGUACAGUGCCUUUGCUGUUAUUGUUGUUAAUGUUAUUGGCUUAGCCGUAAGUUUUAUUACAGGUCCCCAAUCACCUUCGGAAGUAGAUCCAAGGCUAAUUUGUCCUAUAUUCGAUAUAUUCUGUUGCUACCUACCUCUAGAAUGGAGAGAAAGAUUAAAAUGCGGAGUAAAAAACGAAAAUCUUACAACGGCAGAUGAUCAGGAAAAAGAUAAAGAGCUAAAUGAAGAGUUUCAUAAAUUAUCUCCUAUACAUUUAGAGUUAAAAGUAUUUGAUAGACGUUUACAUAUUGUAUUGUUUAAGCAGGUGACAGGUAUUUUUUCAAGAGAUGCUCAUAUUCUUUUAGAUGGAUUACGAAUUAUGAAUGGUUUUAAAGGAGUUCGUUUCUUAAGUGGAUAUGUUUUUAAUAUUAAAUACUCGUCUGUAAAUGGAAUUUUUAAUGGGGAAAAAUUCUUAGGUGAUAUUAAGUUAAGCAGUGGAAAAAAUUUGAUUAUAGAUGACGCCUUAUCCUAUUUUAAUAAAUCAAUUCUGGAACAACAGGGAUUCCAUUCUGUUGUUUAUUCAACGGAUCAAUUGAAUUUAACUGGAAUACGAGAGGCUAAUUGCAUGGGACCAGAGUCAAUGACUUUGUGUAGGAAGAGCUUGGAUCCAUUUAAUACUUUGAUCGCUUUUAGCGAAAUAAAUCAUGAUGAAUUCUGUCUAGCACAUUUAUUCACUUCCCGGUCAUUCGAAAACGCUUUAGGCAUAGCUUUCAUAGGAAAUCCCAAUCAUACUACUUCCGGUAUCUGCUCUAAAAGGGCCAACAACAUAGGGUUAACAACCAGAGGACCUGUUAGUAAAUUCUUACCAAUCACUGUCUCAGCGUUUACAUUUUCCCAUGAAAUUGGACAUAAUAUGGGAUGCUAUCACGAUGAGAAAGGUAAAGUUCGAAGUGAGUGUUUAGGUAACGAAGAAGAUGGACAAUAUCUAAUGUCUAUUAAAGUUGGGGGUGGCACAAAAAAGAAUCAUGCAAUUUAUUCUAAAUGCUGUAUAGAAAACAUGAUUAACGUAAUAGAACAUCGGUUUAAAGAGGCUAGCGAUUGUUUUAAAGAUAGGGAUGAGCCGUUUUGCGGAAAUAUGAUAGUAGAGAGGAAUAAUGAUGAAGAAUGUGACUGUGGCUAUGAUAACGAAUGUGGAUUAGACAGUCAGUGUUGUCAUCCGAAAAGUUUCCAGUCAACAGAAUCGAAUAGAAGCUCAUGCAAAAGGAAGUCUGGAGCAAUGUGCAGUUUGUCAGAGGGAGUUUGUUGUGAAGUAAUAAACUGCAAUUUCAAACCAAAAGGAACUCCUUGUGAAGAGGAAACCGAAUGUCGGGAAGAAGCACAAUGCAACGGAAGAAAAGCGAUGUGUCCUUUGGGUAAAGAAAAACCGAGUGGCUUAGUCUGCGCGUCUCGAACAAAGAUUUGUCGAUCUGGAGAAUGUCUAGACUCAAUAUGUUCUCUGGUUAAUUCGUCCCAAUGCGUACCAGACUAUAUUGACAAUGACCCAGAAUUGUUAUGUUUCAUUUAUUGCAAAUUAGGUAAUAGAUGUUUACCAAUGUCCAAUCAUACCCUUCAAUUAAUGAAUUAUAGUAGAGUAAAGCAUAGUAAACUAGAAAAUUUCAUUAAUAUACAAGUUGGAGAUUACUGUAAUGGAUCCGCAGGCUAUUGUGAUUCAUUGAGACGUUGUAGACUUCAAAUACCUUACGGACCAUUGCCGAAAAUCGGCAAAUUUUUAAUAGGAACAGGUCCUAAUACAUUAUACCAAUUUACAAGGCAAAAAUGGUGGAUAUUUGGCAUAAUCACUUUUUUACCAGUAGGAUUUUUCGCUUUGCUUUUCUAUAUUUGUGAUGUAGAUAUAGGAAAGAUCGAUAAAGUUGUGGAGAGCGUAGAAAAAGCGAUAAAUGUCCAUUCUCUAUCUUCGUUAAAAUCUUCCCAAUCUUUGCGUAGGAGAAGAGAUAUUAGAGAGUCAAGCGAAAUAUAUAGUCAAUUUAUGAGCAUGAAACUAGCGUCUUCUUUAGAUAGUAGUUUAUCUAAAUGUAGACAGAAACGCCGUAUUAUAAUUUCAAGAGCAAAUGAAAUAACUAGAGCUUCAUCUAAAUUAUCCAGCACGAAAGCCAUUUUAGUGCAAGACCGUAUGGAUAAACUCAAAAAGAUCGAAGAGAGGUCAGCAAAGAGAAGGGAAAAGGUUAGACGACUUAAGAGAUUGGUCGAUUACAAAUUUUUUAAAGUUCCAUCAAGUAUUAGUAUUACUUCUGGACGUGCAAUUGAUCAAUUACAUGUAAUCAAGAAACGUUCGAAAGGAAACAAUGAAAACCUACGAAAUUUCUUGACAGUUCCUACUACUUUAACCGCUGCAAGUACCGAAGAGCUAGAUACAUUGAUUUGCUUUCUUAAUCAAAUACGAGCAAUAUGCCCGAAGAUUCGACGCUUGAACGAUUUAGACAUAUGUGAUGUGAAACCGUAUAAAAUCUCGACUAAUGCGAUGUCGUUCGGCAAUCUCACCGUUAGCGUUGGCUUGCGAGACACUUUUUCUCCAAAGACGGAGGACGUGAUAAGCAUUCGUCUACGAUUGAACGACGACUGGAAUACGAUCCGACGGCGCAUUAGGCAGAUUAGAUUCAAACAAUUACUCAUUAUAAUUCCUGGAAGACUGCUAAAACUAGAGUUUCGUCGUCUAUUUCAUUUCCUAACGGAUAUCGAAGGAACUGCUUUAAGAAAAUGGCAAGUCACCACUUCUAGCGAGGUCGUCGUAUUACAUUACAUUAACAGUUGGUACGCUUUCGAGCACGUCAAUCAAUUUAAAUUACUAAGAGCACAUCGAAAUAAAUUCAGAUUUACCAAUUCAUUAGCAAGAGCAGAGAGUAAAUUUUACGACUACGUAGAAGAAUUGCAGGUGGGCUGUAAGGAUAUUAGACGCCUUGGGGCUAAAGGAGAUGGCGGCUAUAGUAUUUGCUUCGAUAGUCCUUUUGAAUUAAGGAACUCUAACUGCCUUAUUUAUUCCUUCGGGAUAGGACUCGAUUCGACUUUCGAUCGGGAAAUCUCGAAGAUCUAUAACUGUACGGUUUUAGGUUACGAUUAUUCCCUCCCAUCAACCGUGAAGGGAAUAAAACUACAUCGGAUUGCUCUUGGUGAUAGUAAUUAUAUAACGACGGACGGAAGGAAUGUUCGAACUUUAUGGAAAAUUCUCGAAUUAAAUGGUCACUUAAAUAAUCAUAUCGACUUUUUAAAAAUAGACAUUGAAGGUGAUGAAUGGGACUCUCUACUUGCAGCUUUCAUUCAAAAUGCUUUGAAGAAUGUAAAGCAAUUAGCUUUAGAAGUUCAUACUGAUGAGUUAGUUCCGUCUUUCGAAGCGGCUAGUGGACGUACUUCCGGUAAACCUACAUCGCUUGACCGUUACAAAAAGUUCGUUAAAGUAAUGGAGGCUUUGGAAAGAGCCCAUUUUUUUAAGUGGAGAAGUCAGCCAAAUCCUACUAACGUGAUAAAGCCAUAG